AUGGACUUUCUUUUGCGCGGCUUCAUUCUCUAUCCAACUGCCGGCCUGCGCUUCUCGCGCAUAGGGCAUAUAACACAUAGUACUGCGGGUCUUCUUCUGCGAGAGGCCGAUGCUGCCCUGCUUCCUCUAACCGUGUCUUACAAGGAAGCCCAGGAUGAUGAUAGUGAUCCUACAUCCUGGGUCCAAGCAGCCACAAUCGAUUCUUUGAACGAGUCAACAGACUUUACAACCACUAUCACUUUCACCGACUUGAGUCCAUCCUCGUCUUACCAUUAUGCUCUGUCCAAUAAUCAGACCGGUUACUUCGUGACCAACCCGGAUCCUGACUCUUCCGCGGCCAACAAGCUCAGCUUUUUAACGUCCAGUUGCAUGAAGCCCAAUUUUCCCUACGACCCCCGGCGCCAUCCGCUGCGUAUCCCCGGUCUCGAGAAGAUGACCACCGCUGUUUCGUCGCUCAGCCAGCUCCCUUCAUUCAUGCUCUUCCUAGGCGACUUUAUCUACAUCGACGUUCCUCAACGCUUCGGCUCGUCCGUGGACCACUACCGCAGCGAGUACCGUCGAGUCUACUCUUCACCCUCCUGGACUUGGUCAGCGGCCAAUCUCCCGUGGAUACACACCCUCGAUGACCAUGAGAUUGCCAAUGACUGGAACCGUGGCAACAAUACGGCGCCUUACCCAGCCGCUAUCGAUCCCUACCUUCACUAUCAUGCCUCUGUUAACCCCCCAGCACCGAACACCGAAACAGAAAACACCAAGCACUCGUAUACAAUCUUCACGAACGGGCCCGCUGCCUUCUUCCUCCUGGACACCCGCUCCUACCGCUCUCCAGCCGGGGAAACAAUCCUCGGCAAAGCCCAGCUGAACGCCCUACUAGCUUUCCUUGCCCGCCCAGAGCCCCCGCACGUCCACUGGAAGAUCGUCUCCUCCAGCGUCCCAUUCACCCGCAACUGGCACGCCGGCACAGCAGAUACAUGGGGCGGGUUCCUCUCCGAGCGUCGCGUCGUCUUCGACGCCAUGCGUGCCGCGCAACGGACGCUAAACAUUCGAGUCGUCCUUCUCUCCGGCGACAGGCACGAAUUUGCCGCUACACGCUUCCCUGCGCUUCCUGAAUCCGACCCCGGCGUUGAUGCUGAAUCUCAGUCACCACGUAUCCAAAACCAGGAAGAUCUCGAGUCCGGCGAGGACCUUGUUGAGUUCUGCACUGGCCCAUUGAGCAUGUUCUAUGUGCCUGUUCGCACAUACUACCAGUCUGGUCCGGAUGACGUGCCCAUUAAGUAUCUCCCCGACGGAAACACGAAGUUCGGCCUCGUUGAGAUUGUAGAUGGAGAUGUGAACGGUGUGCCAAGCUCUGUCCUCACGUACUCGCUCUAUAUUGACGAGAGCGUGGUAUGGAGGUACAGGCUUAGUUUGCCGUUGGGACUGACUUCAGAUCCGAAGGGCCAGCCUGCUGCAUCCUCGGAUGCGGCAGAGGGGUCCUCGUUGGCAGGGCCCUUGCUUCCACCUGGCGAGGUCUUGGUUGACAAGACUGUUGGCGGAUGGGUGGAUAUCAUAGCGAAGAAGGUGUUUGGGUGGAAUGUUAUGAGGUCCGAGCAUCCCAAUAAGAAUUGGAUUCUUUGA